CUGCUUUCACUGGCUGUCCUAUCUCCCUGGCGCUGGCAUUUUCAGUGUCUGCAGUCUCUGGUCAUCUCCUGUAGUACGUCCACAGUCUCUGGUCAUCUCCUGUACUCUGUCCGCAGUCUCUGGUCAUCUCCUGUACUCUGUCCGCAAUCUCUGGUCAUCUCCUGUAGUAUGUCUGCAGUCUCUGGUCAUCUCCUGUACUAUGUCCGCAGUCUCUGGUCAUCUCCUGUACUAUGUCUGCAAUCUCUGGUCAUUUCCUGUACUCUGUUCGCAGUCUCUGGUCAUCUCCUGUACUAUGUCCGCAGUCUCUGGUCAUCUCCUGUAGUACGUCCGCAGUCUCUGCUCAUCUCCUGUACUAUGUCCGCAGUCUCUGCUCAUCUCCUGUACUAUGUCCGCAGUCUCUGCUCAUCUCCUGUACUAUGUCCGCAGUCUCUGCUCAUCUCCUGUACUAUGUCCGCAGCCUCUGGUCAUCUCCUGUACUACGUCCGCAUCUCUCUGUACUCAUGCUCCUCUCCUGUACUAUGUCCGCAGUCUCUGCUCCUCUCCUGUACUAUGUUUGCAGUCUCUGCUCCUCUCCUGUACUAUGUCCGCAGUCUCUGCUUCUCUCCU